CUUUCAAAUUACUUUUUCAAAAAAGUAUCAAAACUAAGGCAUAUGUGACAUAUAGGGUAUUUAUGUGUAUCUGCCCACUCAAUUGUGACAUUAUUUUACGCAUAUGAUAUUGAUUUUGUAUCUUUACAGAUACCAUACAGAUACCCCACGUUCAAUUUAAGGCAUAUAACUGAUUUGAGUAAAGGCACGAGAGCAAAUCUGGGUAUAUAAACGGUUGGUGUGCGCUGCGUUCUUCAGUUGGCAGUUACACCCAGAGUAAAGCUACUGAAGACCAGCAAAAUCACCGUUUGUUUUCAUUUAGUCUUUCAGGUGGGUAGAUGGCAACUGACUCUGGACCGUAUCCGCCUCCAAACCGGCAGAUCCGUGUUACAGUCUCACCGGUUUUACGUCCCCAUGCCAGAUACGGACCGCAUACAGGCUGACGAGUGAGCGUGUCAGUUAGACUCGCAAUCAGUCAAAGUAGUUACGGGCCAGAACCGUGGAAACGAGCGCGCGAUUUCUUUCCUUUUUCCUUUUGUUCAGUCGUAUCAGACCGGAGCAAGGAGAAGCAGGACACAGUUGGCGGCCUUUCUUCCAGCCUUGGAAAAUUAUUUAUAACGGUUCAGGUUCCCCCAGAGUGCCGCGGAUUAGUAGGAUGUACACAGUUGUGGAGUUUAUUGAGGCCAAGGAGCCAGGACCAGACUGGAAACAGUACAAUGUUCGAGUCCUCUCAAGAGCUGGUGAUUACCUAAAGGCAAGAGAAAGGCUGAGGGCCUCACUGACCUGUAAUACUUCAGAAUUACAAACAGAUGAUGAAGAGGAAGUAAUUAAGAAGAGAAAAAUUAAGCCAAGACACAUAUUUGGUGAUACAGACUCUGACAGUGAGCCAGAGGAGGGGAACAAGAGGAGACGCACUCCCACUCCAGCGCCACCUAUUCCUCCCCCUACUCCUAACAUGCCAUUGAAAGAAACUUGCCAGACCUCUGCUAGACCUCUGUCAGACCCAAGGCACACUGAAUCGCUUCAUUUCACUGCUGCUCCACCACUUGUCCCCAUCCCUCCACCUCACAUGCCUUCAAGUCCUCCACACCAGUUCUCUGCUAGACCUCUGCCAGAUGUGAGGCCAUCUGAAUGUGGUUAUUAUACAGCUCCAAUACCACCUACAUCUUGCAUGACUUCCUAUGCGCCAGAUCCCUGCCACUCCUCGCUCAGAAGACCCUUCUUUCAUCCCCACUUUUAGACUGGGGAAGACUGGCCCUGGACUUGUUCCUUGCUCUGGAGCAGCAAAUGCAGCUUGCUGCUGCUGUUAAUAAUCUUGCUGCAAGAAUGGGGACGGAAACUCCCGUGCCUGAGAUGCCUCAAAAUGUCAGUGUCUCACUGGCCACCAUGUCUGAGGUGGAGGAGUUGGAGGAAUGGCUUAAAGAUCCAAGACACGCACAUGCUAAGCAAAAUAUGAUUUCUGCUCUUGGUGCUGUAGGUGGAGAGAACACCAAAAGAGUCACGUGGAAUAUCCUGUCAAGGAUUUUCUCAGACACAGUGGCCAAAAAAAUAAACUGGAAAGGGGUCAAUGGGAAAAAGUGCUUCAAAGAAAUGGGCACAAGAAGUCUGUUGAUCAGGGCUGUAAGGAAGAACGAAGCUGCUAGCAGUGCUCCAGACAGUGAGAUCGACUCAUACACUAUCAGAUGGUUUAACUUGGUGUCUGACCGGGGAGGCGGCCGCAACGACCGUGCCAAGGUUAAAGAGGCAUUAACCACGGCAUCACAACAUUCCACCGAGCAGCAGUGGCUGACUUGAUAAAGGUACUGUAUAUUUUACAUAUAUUUUGCAUUCAUGAUUACUGUGGCAGCCGCACUAAACACCGAUACCGAGUGUUAGUGGUUUUCUUUUUAGCACCGUUAACAUACAAACAUUUUAAGUAAUGACAGUACACAUAGCCUUUUGUUUUUCCUACAGCACACACUUUAUUUUUUGACAGUUUGCUAAUUUGUAUGCACACAUUUUGGUUAACAUUCUGUCAUUUCUUGCUUACUUUAAAUUAUGUUCUAACUUUUUGUUUUUCAUGGAUCCAGCAAAAGAAGUGGUACGAGGAAGUGGAAAUGACAGCAAGCAGUGGGAGAGGUCAUAUGAGUGGGGAUAUGUUUGGGAUUCAGUUAAACUUAAUUGUUUUAAGUUUUAUUGUUUUUUUGUUUGUUUUUUUGUGGGGGUGGGGUAUUUGUUUGGCAUUACAGUCUGACACAGCAGAUGCAAAUUUUAAUUACAGUAGCAGCACUAAAGAUGUCCCACCCUGCUGGGAGUGUGUGCUGAUAAAUUGUAGGGGGCACUCAGUUUACACUCAACAUGCACAGGUAAACCCAACUGAUGUCAUGUCACGCUUCAUUCAGUUUUUUCUGGAGUUAAUCCACCAUGAGUAGAGUACACUUCAUUACAGAUUUUGACUAAUGAGUGUACAGUGAACGACCAACAAAACCGCAUCUCCUGUCGUAACUUAUGAUUUCUGUUUUUUUUUUUAACAACCAGUUAUGAUGACGCAACUAUAGUUCUAGAAAUUUAUAUCCAGAGAUACUUUUUUUUAGUUUGAAUUUAGUUAUGGAAAAGAUAAAGGUUAGCCCAGAACUAAUUCCGAUACAGCAAAUACUUGAACAAAAUGGCUAGAAAGUGAUCUGAUCUGGAGCUGGCCGAGUACCGGCCCAGAUAAGAAAGGACGCCGGCCCGGGUCUAUUUUACACAUCAGAACUUAUGGAAGCUCUGGGCCGGAUCCAGUACAGAACUGAACCAGAUCUGGCCCACCUUCGGACAAAUGACUACAAAAUAAUCUCAUCCGUUCUGGAGCUGGCCCAGUGCCGGCCAAGAAGUGAAAAAACGGUUACGCACCAUUAUUGGCCCGUUGUGCCAAAGGACACCGGCCCCGGUCCAUUUUACAGAUCUGGCCCACAACUUAUGGAGGCUCUGGGCCGGAUCUGGGCCAUAUCAUUUUUGCUAUCUAGUCUACCCUUUAUAGUUCAUUUGUUUAUAUAGUUUGUAUUGUGUUUCGUUAUAUUGUUUGAGUGAACUGUAACGUUAGGUAACUGCAUACGAGUGGAUGCAACCGUCACUAAUGCUCAUCAGGGAUUAGAGCUGUUAUUACUCUAAUUUUGCAAAUCUAACCUGUGACAACACGUUAGCUAAGGUUGUAGGGACUAUAGUUGUUGGUAGCUGUUGUCGAUUUUGUGUAAAUAUGUUAAAAUUGUAAUUUUAUGAGUUAUUGUUUGUCGGAUGAUUGAGCUAAGCUAACUAACGCUAACGUCAGCUGUCACUUGUUGCCAUAGCAACGGUAAACAUUCACGUGGGCUAAUCGGACGUGGAAGUGCAGACUCAAGGCCUAAACGCACUGGAAGCGAUAAUGACACGCGUCAGUUGAGGCGCGUCAAUUCAUGCUCCUAUGGCACACAGCAAGCGUCAGAUUUGAAAUACCAACACCACAGAACCAACACAAAUUUGUCAUUUUGUCCAUGUAUUAACCGCUAGUUGGAUGUAAUGAAUAAAUGAAA